AACUUCAGAUAAUUCAUCAUCGAAGAAUAUCGAUAAUCCAGAAUCAUCUGCAGAAACUAUAAAAGAUUUGUACGGUCAAACUAACCAGUUGCACGAAACGUUGACUAUUCUCGCAGAUGAAAUACAAACGUUGAUCAAAGAUUCCACAAGACUGACUAGUGAAUCGAUACAAGUAAAAAGUUUCGUUGAAGAAUACCGUCAUGAACAAUUAAAAGUGCAAAAUUCGGAAGAAGAUCACGGUGCCUUGUUAAACGGAAUACGGAUAAAUCAAGAGAUGAUACAACAAAACUUAAACGAUUUGACACAAAGUAUCGAAAAUUUAGAGUAUACGUCGUAUGAUGGUACAUUUAUUUGGAAAGUAAACAACGUUGGAGAACGGAUAGCUGAUGCUCAAUCAGAACGACAACCAAGCGUUUACUCACCGCCAUUUUAUAGUUCACGUACUGGAUAUAAAAUGUGUAUGAGGUUAUACUUAAAUGGCGAUGGACAUGCUCGUAGAACACAUGUUUCGCUAUUUUUUGUAUUGAUGAGAGGAGAGUAUGACUCAAUUCUGAAGUGGCCAUUUCAUUUUAAAGUUACUUUCUGUCUAUUUGAUACGUCCGGGCAACAGCGGCAUAUUAUUAAUUCAUUCCGACCAGAUGUAAGCUCAAAUUCAUGUCAAAUUCCGAAAACAAUGAUGAAUAUUGCAUUCGGAAUACCUAAGUUCUUUCCAUUAUCAAUGCUUCAACAAGAUAAAAAUAAUUACGUGAAAGAUAAUAGUAUAUUUAUCAAGUGUAUCGUUCAUUUCGACGAUAUUCCGAAAAUGGUGUUACCAUAUGUAUUUUCUUUAAGUCCCGGUUUACCGGACCAUAUUCAGAAAGCAAUGAUUAAAGCUGAAAUCGAACGAAGGCAACAGGCAGCAAUAAUACAAUUGCAAUAG